UGUAGGGGAAGAGAGGAGGAGCUCAGCAAGGUCUCAGUCUUCGCGUUGCUGCCCUCCAGCAUUCACGCCUACCGCGUUCGCGCUGGGAGAGUGUCCCCUCUCUCACUUGCGCUUAACUUUCUUCUCGCUUCCUCCAACAGUCGGACGAUGCUACUCGGGACUUUAGCACACCAACACCUCCGUGCGAGCGUGAGGGAGGUGUGGGGGUGAAUCCCGGAGGAGGUGUCAAUCCUAGCGCUGCUCAGUGACCAUCGCGGCGCCACCCAAGUAACACCUCAGUCUCUCCGCGGGCAAACCGGGCCUUGAGCCCGACGCGACCACAUAUUUCUUACACUAAAUAUUAUUGUAACAGUGUUGUUUAUAUUUCUCUAGCUAUCGCAUCGUUCUCCUACCGGCUAAAUAUUUAUCGAUACAUAAAUAUAUAUGUAAGUCGACAAAGUAUUCAUUUUUUUUCAUUCAUCAGUGGACAGUGUUAUUAUAUUUUGAAUAUGUAAUACAUACAUGUACAUAUGUAUAUGUAUUUAAAUGUGACAUAAGUUGACGAUUGGUUUAUUUGUGAGAGUAUACAGUGAAUUAUAAAAGUUGGACGGGUUUUUAUGUCGAGCCACGACGAGAGUGGCGUUGCGUUUGUCGCCCGUCGGACGCUGACAGCCAGCUUUGUUUUUUUUCAUUAAUUUAUCGUUAAAACUAAUUCAAAAAUAGUGAGUGAAUAUUCGAAAUAUCUAAAGGAUGAUACAAAAUGCCUAUUAAAAUGUAGAGAAAUAAAAUGGAUAAUAUUUUGUUAUUUUUUAAUUAGUAUUAUUGUUAAAUUGUUUUGUGAAAGUAUUUAAUCAAGUGUACGAUGAUGAUAUUUUAAAAAAUUUACCAACGUGUUCGUGUCUUUGGUUAAUUAUUCAUUCGACAGAUGACAUUGACAGAAAUAUACAUUUGCCGGAUUAAAUUGUAAAUCACGAACGGCUAAUAAAUAUACUAAUUAAUUUAUUUUAAUUGAGGAUUAAAUAAAAUAAUAAAUAUUUUACAGUGUCAGUGUAUCGCAGAAUCAUCAGUGCAUACAACAACAAAUAAUAAUAUGUGAAUUUGUCAAGUGACUUAUUUUACGUGGUGUGACAAAUCAAUAGCACAUUUAAAUAAAUAAUUUUAAAAUGUUUAUAUUGCGUUUGAAUUUAAUGCGAGUGUAUAUUAACGAGAUAAAAAUAAAACGCGCGCGAUGUCGCGUGUUAAGAUAUGGAAUAUAGUUUCGUGAGCUUUUGCUAAAUAAAUAACAAACAAAUAUAUACAUAUAAAUGUUGUGUAUUGUAAAAAAAAAAAAUGCCAAAUUAAUUUAUCGGGAAAUAAUAAUUAAUUGCGAUAUAUAACCGAUAGCGAGUUAUAAAAAGAAGGAAAAAAAAACGUAAAUUAAAACAAGUGCGUUGUUUUUUUAGGAAAUAGAUUGAGUCACUCGAAGAGUAAUCUCGCGCGACUCUGUUAAUUCGCCCCAUCUCGAUGAGAUUCGAACAAGACACGACGUGCAGGGGUACCCACUGCGCCAGCACUCCAUUACAGGCACCCCAAAAAAUAAGAUCCAAAGAAGAGGUGGAGGUAGUGGACGGUAUCUUGUCGGCGAAGCAGGAUAACGCCGGCGUGUUGUUAUUAGAUCAUCAUCAUCAUCAUCGUUACAAUAAUCACAAUCAUCAUCACUCUAAUCCUACUCAAAAUCAUCAACAUCAGAUUAGAAGAAGAGAAUUUGAAUUGGAGGUAAAUAACACACUCGAGAGUGCGAAUACGGGACUUAGGGGGGUGGGGGCGGGAGGGCCUGGGAUGGCGUAUCCUGCAUCAGCAGCCGCGCCGACACUUAAUCAGCACUCGCCAUUCUCAACAAUAAAUAAUUCGGCGAGCGGCAACGGCAACGGACAUCUCUCAUCCAGUCACUUACCGGCACCAGCGGCACCUCGGCCUACUGAUUUUAGUGUAUCCUCGUUGCUUACUGCAGCAAAUACCCAUCCAUCACAUCUUGGUGGUUCUUCGUCUCAAGGAAGUGCCUCGCCACCACCCGGAGGACCUGGAAGUCCAGCUGCUGCACCUGAAACACCUCCACCACAUAAUAAUAAUAACAAUCACUCGCAACGUGAUCAAAUAGGACAUCCGUCGUCAGCAGAAGCUGCCGCAGCUAAUUAUUUUAACGCCUUGGCUGCCGCGGGUUUUUGCAAUCCGAGUGGUGUACAUUUGUCUCAUAACGCGUCUCCUGGUAAUCCACAUCAUCUGUCGUCAAAAGGACUACUUGGUAGUCCACAUCAUCAUCCCCAGUUUAAUCUACACGGACUUACACCUCAAGGCCUAGGUCUUGGUCCUCAUACACCAGAGGAAGCAAACGCAGCAGUUCUGGCAGCAGCAGCAGCAGCUCUUCAUCAUCAUCACCAAGGCGGCCCAGGUGGCCCAACAAUGAGGCCGUUGAGGCUGCCUCUUCCACCGGGCAUGAUGCACUCAUCGCCGCUUCCUUUGGCACCUCAUCAUCCUCUUGCCGCUCCUCAUCAUUUUGUACCUCCUCAUCAUCCCGAAGAGGAUGGCGUUGUUGAUGAUCCCAAGGUUACAUUAGAGGGUAAAGAUCUCUGGGAAAAAUUCCAUAAACUCGGCACUGAGAUGGUCAUUACCAAGAGUGGCAGACGCAUGUUUCCCGCUUAUAAAGUGAGGGUGUCCGGUUUAGACAAACAGGCUAGCUACAUACUUCUGAUGGACAUCGCGGCAUCCGACGAGUGCCGAUAUAAAUUUCACAACAGUAGGUGGAUGGUAGCCGGAAAAGCGGAUCCUGAAAUGCCCAAGAGGAUGUAUAUACACCCAGACUCACCAAGUAGCGGAGAACAGUGGAUGCAAAAAGUCGUGAGCUUCCAUAAACUCAAAUUAACCAACAACAUGAGCGAUAAGCACGGCUAUGUAAGUACUACGAUAUUAAAUUCAAUGCAUAAAUAUCAACCGAGGUUUCAUCUUGUACGAGCGAAUGAUGUCCUGAAGUUACCGUGUUCGACGUUUAGAACUUACGUCUUUAAAGAAACCGAAUUUAUCGCCGUUACAGCCUACCAAAAUGAAAAAAUAACACAGUUGAAAAUCGACAACAAUCCAUUUGCCAAAGGAUUUCGAGAUACUGGAGCUGGUAAAAGAGAAAAAAAAAGACAGGCGAUGUUGACUGUUUCUGGAGGUACUUCCCGAUUAGCGUCAGGCGCACCAGCAUCACCAGAGAAACGUAGAUCGUCAAAUUCAGUAAAUGAUAUGUUGGAUGAUGAUGACAAACUACUGGACGUAGUGGGACCUGAUACACCACAUCCGGCACAACAUCAUCGGGAACGUGAACACUCGAGGGAACGAGACGAUAGAAUGAGUGAACGUGGAGAGGGCAGUGAGUCUUCGGGGUCAGAAAGCGGUGGAAUACCUGGUGGACCAACUUCUGAAGGUCCAAGGCCAGAUGUAUCUGUUGGACCACCUGUACUGCAUCCACCUUUGUUACCGUACUUUUAUCCACCAGUACCUGGACUUUAUCAUGGACAUAGCCCACUGCUACCACCAAAUCCACUAGGACUUCAUGGUGGUGUAACACCAGGAAUGCUACUCAAUGCCCAGCUUGCUUUGGCAGCCAGUCAACAUACAGCUUUAUUCGGUCAUUAUCCACAUCCUCUUACGAGUCCACUUCAUCAGCUUAAAGGACACCGAUUUGCGCCUUACACUUUACCUGCUCCAUCACACGGUUCGGCUUUUGAAACAGUAACACCCGGAAGUCGAACUCUCAGUCCCAGAUCACCUCCACCAAGACCACCAACUGGAUCUCCAACUCCUGGCACGGGUGGUGGGCAUGCAACUGCAAAUAGUGGAUCAGCUUCAGCUACUGGAGAACUUAAAUCAAUUGAAAAUAUGGUAAAUGGACUUCAAGAGAGACGUAGCAGUAGUAGCAUUAAAAAAAGAUCAAGUCCAAGUUUAACGCCUGGGCAUCGGAAUGAAGCCGAUGGUGGUGGAGGGAGUCCGUGACAUGAAAAUGAGCCUGUCACUAGUACCAAGGUAGAUACUGAGGAUGAGGAUCUAGAUAUAACCAGUGGUGAUGAGUCUGUUGAUGAACAGGAACUCGAGCCAGAUUCCACAUCAAAGCCUUCGUAGCCGAGAUUAUCCGUUAAUGUUCUUAUAAGCGAGACGUCUUCAGACAAUUUAUUAUUGUCUAGUAUCAACACCAAUGACGACUUGUUGCUUUAGUCUCAAUGAGGUUAUUAAUAAAAAAAAAAUAACAAUAUGGCUACGAUUACAAGAAUAUGGGAAUCAUAUAAAGUGCAAUUUUUUGAGUGUUACAAGUAUUUUCGACUAACGGCGAUGUGUUUGCGUGAUAUAAUUAAAUUUUAGACUUUACGAAUUUAAAAAAAUAAAAUUGUAAAGAAAAAGAAAGAAAUGAGUUGAGAAAUAUUUAUUUUCUCUUGUGACGUGUGUAAAUAUAGUUGAUAUAUAUAAUAUGCCUGUACUGGAAUUAUUACGAGAUUGAAUCAGUUAAUAGUGCUGUGGACACUUAUUAAUAAAAUGACGAUCUAUUUAGUGAUAUAUAUAAAUAUAUAUUAUAUUAUAUUAUGUAAUCGGUGCCAGAGCACGUAAAAUCUUUGUACAUUUAAUCAAAUAAUAACAAUGACCGCGUUACGUGAAAAAUUAUAAAUAUUUAGGAGAAGAGGAGCCGCAAAUAUUGCCUGCGAAUACUUUUAGGACUUAAGAAAAAUUACAUAAUGAUCUUUAUCUAUGAGUAAAUAUUGCAAUAUAAAAUAAAAAAAAUAAAAAAAAAGUAAAAAAAAAAUGUUUAAAAAAAACAUGAGCACCUCUACUCUUUGCAGACCCAACUGUAAAUAUGUACCCUAGCGAUAUAUUAAUAUUAUAUAAUUAUAUAAAUAUAUUAUAAAUACAACUACCCCCUUCAUAUUAAUUAUUGAGUAUAAUAAUUAUAAUAAUAAAUAAAAUUAGUGCUGCAGGAAACAAAUCAAUGUUUUGAACACCCACGCUGUUCCCACCAUAAAAAAAAAAAAAUAA